GGAGGGCGGCGGGCCGGGCGGCGCCGGCACUGUCGGGCCUCCCUCCUCGCCUCCGGGCCGGGCGCCGGCCCGCGCCCGCGAACUUGCGCGCCGGUGAGCCCCGCGGGCGGCGGGGGCGUGGGCGGCGCGGCAGCCAGUGGAAUGCCGCGCUGAGCGCCGCUCCCUCCUCCCGGGCGCCCGCCCCGGCCCGCCCCUCCGACAGGACUGCGCGCCCGGAGCCCCGUUCCGCGUCCCCGCCGCCGGGAGGAGUGCCCGCUCGCUUGCGGCGCGCGCCGGGCCGCCAGACUCGGCCUGUGGGCGAUUUCCUCCGGACCCGAGCUCCCCGCCCGAGGAGGAAGAUGCAGACCUUCCUGAAAGGGAAGCGAGUUGGCUACUGGCUGAGCGAGAAGAAAAUCAAGAAGCUGAAUUUCCAGGCCUUCGCCGAGCUGUGCAGGAAACGAGGGAUAGAGGUCGUGCAGCUGAACCUUAACCGGCCAAUUGAGGAGCAGGGCCCCCUGGACGUCAUCAUCCACAAGCUGACUGAUGUUAUCCUAGAAGCCGACCAGAACGACAGCCAGUCCCUGGAGCUGGUGCACAGGUUCCAGGAAUACAUCGAUGCCCACCCUGAGACCAUUGUCCUGGACCCCCUUCCCGCCAUCAGGACCCUGCUUGACCGCUCCAAGUCCUACGAGCUCAUCCGGAAGAUCGAGGCCUACAUGAAAGACGACAGGAUCUGCUCGCCACCCUUUAUGGAACUCACGAGCACGAGCCUGUGUGGGGAUGACACCAUGAGGCUCCUGGAGAAGAACGGCCUGGCGUUCCCUUUCAUUUGCAAGACCAGAGUGGCUCAUGGCACCAACUCUCACGAGAUGGCCAUCGUGUUCAAUCAGGAAGGCCUGAGCGCCAUCCAGCCACCCUGCGUGGUGCAGAACUUCAUUAGCCACAAUGCUGUCCUGUACAAGGUGUUCGUGGUUGGUGAAUCCUACACCGUGGUCCAGAGGCCCUCCCUGAAGAACUUCUCUGCGGGCACAUCAGGCUCCUCCCCAGGACGAUCUCUCAUGCCCCCCGUCUGGACUGGCUCUGGUCGUAGCGGCGGGAGGACUGUCGGGCACACCGGGGCGGCAAGGGGCCUGCGUGCCCCGCUAGCGGGAAGGAUGCCAGAUCGUGAGUCCAUCUUCUUCAACAGCCACAACGUGUCGAAGCCAGAGUCAUCAUCCGUCCUGACCGCGCUGGACAAGAUCGAGGGCGUGUUCGCGCGGCCAAGCGAUGAGGUCAUCCGGGAGCUCUCCCGGGCCCUGCGGCAGGCGCUGGGUGUCUCUCUCUUCGGGAUCGACAUCAUCAUCAACAACCAGACAGGGCAGCAUGCUGUCAUCGACAUCAACGCCUUCCCCGGCUACGAGGGUGUAAGCGAGUUCUUCACGGACCUCCUGAACCACAUUGCCACCAUCCUGCAGGGCCAGAGUGCAGCCACGGCAGCUGCAGGGGAUGUGGCCCCACUAAGGCACAGCAGGCUCCUUGCGGAGCAGGCGGGCAGCCUGGCAGGCGAGCGGACAUGCGGCGCUGGCCCUGGCUGCUGUGUCAGCACAAUGGGCCGGGACACACCCUGGAUGGCGGAGGCCGACGCUGGCGGCGUGGGUGCGGGUGGCACCACCAAGCUGCCACACCAGAGACUUGGCUGCACCGCCGCUGUGUCACCCAGCUUCCAGCAGCAUUGUGUGGCCUCGCUGGCCACUAAGGCCUCCUCCCAGUAGCUAUGGAGCCCAGGACCCGGAGGGGCGGCGUGGGCCGCGGAGCACACCUGCUGGGUGAGCAGCUCCCAGUGGGGACGCUACUACUAAGAAUUCCCAACCAUCUGA